UUUUGUUAUUCAAUUUUACUCUUCUCAAUUCUCUAGUGCGUAAUUGGAAGAAAGCUAAUUCGAGUGUGUGUGUGCAGUGUCUUUCAGGGAUGCAUUUCAAGGACCUUGCUAAACUAUUCAACAUCAGUAAUUUUUUUGUCUAUUUGUGUCUUCUCGUCUUCUCAAUUCUCCUCUCCCUGCGUGUUGACAAUGUUCUGAGCUGGCACUAUGCUGUUGUGUUCCUGCCGCUGUGGCUAUGGGAUGCUGUCCUGGGAGUAAGUGUGUCUUUGGGGGUGGGCUGCUGGGUCAAGAGAAAGGAUGCACGGUACGGUCGAGAGCAUCAGCAUCACCUCGUAGCCAUGCUCCAGACGUCAAUGCUCCAUCUCCCACUUUUUAUUACAGAGGUGCUCGUAGUGGUGAAUGCUGAGUCCGCAGAGCCUGCCUCCUGGACGGCUAUCUUUAUUCCAAUGUACAUUCUCUCUUUCCUCUCUGUGGCUGCAUGCAUCCUGGGUUGCUGCAUUAAACACUGUAACAUUGAGUUUGAGCUACUGAGUAUUGCAAGCUUUCUACAACUUCUAUUCAUCGGUUUGAGACUAGACAAAAUCACCAGUUGGACAUGGGCAGUGGUCCUAGUGCCUAGUUGGGUGACUCUGGUUCUGUUGGUUGUGGGUCUGGUGGUGUACGGGGUAAUCAAGUAUUGUGCUGCCCUCACUGAGGAGAACCCUGAAACUGUACGAUUGGCCAAACCACUCACUCUCCUCCUCCUCACCACACUCACCCUCGCUACCAUCUGUGUCAUUGUGUUUAUGGCUCUGUUGAGUGCACGUCUGGAUGACCUCGUAUCGACAUCCUACUCUGCCCUCUUUGUGCCCCUCCACCUCUCCCUCCUCCUACUGCUGACCACCACCUGCUCAAGAGAUCCAGCCAACCCCUGGUGGCUAGGACUUGGCAAGAACUUCACAGAGUUUAUUCUCGACACUAUACCGUUCGUACAAGAGUAUGCUAACAUCUCUCAUCACCGUGGUUACAGUGACAAUGACGACGAUGUACAGCCGACAGAGAUGGAGCCUGGUCACUAUGACGACCUGUUGAGCGUUGAUGAACCAAUCAGAACUAUUAGAGUCCGGACUAGACAGUUAGCUGGUAGCUCUAAGAAAAGCACCCCCCCUGCAGUGCCAAACACUAUACCCGAUGAUGUAUACCCUUUCGAGAGUCUCUAUGAACCUGACUAAUCGUGUUAUUACAAUUAUGACAUAAAAUGUAAUAGUGCCAUAAUUAGAAUAAAACAUGUACAUGUAUAAAUUAUAUAUACAACAUUAUUAUGUUCACAUACUAAUGAGGAAGAAAGUUUACGCAACUGU